CUGAGCCAGGGCGGGGUCGCAGCUGCCGCGGCCCUGGGGGCACUGAGCGCUCUCCCGCCCGGACCCCGGCGAGGGACGCAUCCUACGGUCGGACGGCGGCCGGCGUUGGCACGAGGCCCCUGCCCCACAGCUGAAGACGGACUCCACCGGGACCGGCACCCUGGGGCAGCGCGUGAGGCUGCCGAUCAGGCGGCCGCAGAGUCCCGGGAGUGCGCGGGACCGGCGGUCGCCGCUGCCACCACCGCUGCUGCUGCUGCUGCUGUCGGGACUGGUGCGGGAGGGCGCAGCAGAGAGUCCCUGGGGGCUGCCCUUGGUGGCCGAUAGCCCGGCGGCCAGGGCAGAGGUGGUGAUGGCAGAACUGGCAAACCUGAAGUUGGAAAAGAAGCCAUGGCCUACAGGGACACACUCGCUCCACUACUACUACCUGACCCUGUCAGAGCCAGGCCCAAGCCUCCCUAAGUUUCUGGCUGUAGGCUACGUGGACGAGCAGCCCUUCAUCCGGUUUGACAGUCGUGUGGGCAAGGCUGAGCCCCAGGCCCCGUGGAUGACGCCAAUGGAUGCCCAGUACUGGGAGACGGAGACCAGGAAGCAGGAGAAAUGGGCGGAGGUGCAGCAGGUGGAGAUGUGGACGGUGAUGGGCUACCACAACCACAGCAGCGGGAUGCACAGUACUCAGCGCAUGUUCGGCUGUGAGAUCCAGGAAGACGGCCGCUACAGGGGCUUCUGGCAGUUUGGCUACGAUGGGCAGGACCACCUGUCGCUGGACCUGGAAACCCUGAGCUGGGUGUCAGCUGAGCCCGUGGCCAUACGGACCAAGCACUGGUGGGAGACAGAGCGCUGCUACGCAGAGUACGACAAGGCCUACCUGGAAGGCCCCUGCCUUGCCUCUCUGCACAGAUACCUGGAGCUGGGAGGCCAGAGAUUCAGCCGGAGAGAGCCACCCACAGUGCGGAUAACAGAGCACUCGGCCAAGGAUGGCGGCACCAUCCUGAGGUGCUGGGCCCUGGGCUUCUAUCCACACAACAUCUUGCUGAGCUGGUGGCUGGGGGAGAAGGAACUGGACUCCGAGUGUGCGGAGACACGCCCCAGUGGGGACGGCACCUAUCAGACGUGGGCGGCUGUGUGGGUGCCGGCGGGGAAGAAGGCCCAGUACACCUGCCGCGUGCAGCACUCCAGCCUGAACCACACGCUCACUGUGUCCUGGGAGUCCUCUCAUCCUGGACUUACUGCUGUGGUUAUCUCCCUCAUCCUGGUCUUGCUGGUGGUUGUUGGUGGUGUGACCUUGACCAAGUGCAUUCAAGCCAGAAAUAAGGAAUCUUACGAGCAAGCCUCAGGUGACUGUGGGGUGGACCGGUUGGGGAGAGGAAGCCCCAGGUGUUCUCAAGCAUGGCGGGGAUGCCUUGGAACUCAGGAUGGGGGUGGGGCAUGGGGUGGGUGCUUUCCCUGGCCUCAGCCUCCUGCCCCAUCCCACCAUCCCUGAGCCGGGGUCACCUCCCUCCUUUCUCCCUGCAGGUGGAGAGGACCCCCAUAAUUCCCAAAGCCCAGCAAGAGCAGGGGCUACUCCACUCAUCUGCUGACUGAAGGUCACCGUCACAGAUCAAGGAGGUGUUUUGUGGGGUGUUUGGGGACCUGAAGGCCCCCGGCACUGGCUGGCUGGUAUGAAAUCUGACUGUGAAGGGCCCACCCCACCCCGAAACUGAGGCGUCCUCACCCCUAACAGUCUUGUUACAAGUGGUCUGUGCCACUAGGAUGGCUUUGCCAUCUUCCUGAAGUCCUUUUAAAAGUCUAAUUAUUUCCUGUUCCGGGGACGGGGAGAAGGGCAGUAGUAAUUCCUCAGAUUGUUUUACACUUGACAGUUUGCAGAAUGGUUUCAUGUUAAGUGUAAAUCCCACUUGAGCUUCUCAGGCACCCUGUGAGAGUUUGGCUAUGUUAUUCUCAUUCCCACUUCCCGAACGUGAAAACCAAGGGUCUGGGCAGUCAGGGAAGAACCAGAACAAUAGUCAAAGAGUUACAGGGGCAGCAUCCUUCAUGCACCUGCUAGCGUCAGCCAGAAAUGGCUGAAUGCCUGCGUCAUUUAUAAGCGUGUUCUUUUAUGUAUGUCUGAUCCGCUUUUGGGAAGAUUCGAGUGUUGGGGCUGUGAGGGUGUAGGGGAGGCGGCAAGGGUGGGAACAUGUGUAUGUGAGGGUGUGUGGGUGUGUAUGUGUGAGGGUGAGAGGAUAUAGGGUGUAUGUGAGGGUGAGUGUAUAUGUGGUGUGUGGGUGUCCUUGUGUAUAUGAGGAGAAGCUCAGAGAGACAGGUGCCUGGGGGCCUGUUCGUUGGUCCCAGGCAGUUGGAGGAUGAGAAACAACACAGGCCAUAUUUUCCAUUAUUUCCUGUCCUUUUGAAUGAUUUGAAUUUUUGCAAUAAGCACAUGUUACUGUUACAAUAAGGGAAAGACCCCUUUUCGCUGUGUCCUGGGGAAAUGCUUGUGAAGGAUAUGUCUGGAGAAGGCCCAGCCUCACCUUUGCAUCUGCAGUGGAGCAGAAACCCCACGUCUCCUCUGUGAACAAGAAUCCAGUCUCACGGCCAUUUGAUGUGCUAAGGGGCUGGGACUCCAGAGCCCUGGCAGAGAGAGGGAGUGCUCACAAAGGACACAAGGCCAGACCCCUCCCAGGGCACCCUCUGCCUCCCCUUCAGCUGACCCCAAGGUGUGACAGAGCCUCCUGUGGGGACUUUUGAAACCUCCGUGUCUGCAGCCCUGGGAGGCUCCAAGCCUGAGGAUGUGAACGACUGUAAUGCUAGAAAAAGAUUCAGCCUGCCCUGGUGGCCUGCAGGACCUCAGCAGUGAGCUUGUAAUUAUCAGAUUGUCCUGAAGACGUGUCUUAAAUGUCUGUCUUUCUCAGUGAUGUUGUCAUGUUCCAUAUACGCUGAGCAAACCACAUACUAAGCAGGGUUCUGAGCACUGUACUGUAUACUAAGCUGUUUAAUCCUCAAAGCACACCUGUGCGGGAGAAUUAAUACUCCUGUGCUGCAGGUGAGGAAACUGAGGCCCAGGGUCCCGCAGCUGGUUCAUGCCAGAGCUGGGAUGUGAGGCCAGGUAGUCUGGCCACUGCACCAAAAGUCUCAAUGACAACUGUGCUGUUCUGUAAAUAGGCAAGCAAGUAUAGGUCUGCAAUCCCUUAUCUGCAAUUCUGAAAUCCAAAAAAAACGCCAAAAGCCAGAAGUUUCUUCCUAACUUUGUCAUCAUAACUUGACCUGGGGGACUUUCCUGGUGGUCCAGUGGUUAAGAAUCUGCCUUCCAAUGCAGGGGACAUAGGCUCAAUUCCCGGUCGGGGAACGAAGAUCCCACAUGCCGCGGGGCAACUAAGCCCAUGAGCCGCAACUAUUGAGACCGUGUGCCACAAUUAGAGAGCCUGUGCACCACAACUACUGAGUCUGCUCACUCUGGAACCUGCCCACCACAACUAGAGAAAAGCCUGUGUGCCACGAGGAAAGAUCCCGUGUGCCGCAACUAAGACCCAACGCAGCCAAAAAUAAAUAAAUAAAUAUUAAACUAAAACUAAAAAAAAAAAAACUGACCUGGGAGAGAGGUGGGAGGAAAAACAAACAAACAAAAAACCUUAAAGUGAAGUCAGGUUCUGUGCUUCCACUGCAGGGGGCGUGGGUUGGAUCCCUGGUCGGGAAACUAAGAUCCCAUAUGUCGUGCGGUGUGGCCCAAAAAAAAAGUGUUAUUCAUGCUCAUUUAUUCUUCUAGUGUGCCUUUUCACAAUUUGCCACAGAAAUAUUGAUCUGGGGGAUUAUGGGGCGUCACCCCAGACCCUUCUGGUAGUAUUAUGUAAUAUUCAGCAUCCAUACCUGGGUAGCUUUCUAAAGCCCAAAGAAUUCUAAAUUCUGAAAUACAUCUGGCCCUAACGGUUUCGGGUAAGAGAUUAUGGACCUGUAUUAAUAAGGUUUUGCAGCAAUAAACAUGUUUUAUUUUUACA